CAUUUCUUAAUAUGCAGUUGUAAUGUUCCUUUGCCAUGGAUUUAAAAAUUUUAUUUCAGAUAGCCAAUCAAAAAAGAGUUCGUGUAUUUUGACAGAAAGAUAAACUUCUUUUUACACGUCGAAAGAAUUUUCCUCAUUUACUGAAUUUUCUUUGGAAAACGCACAUAAUUCUGUAACGAACAACUUAAAUUCUAUGAAAAAUGAAGUGCGCUUUCUAUUACAUUGCAAUUGUAGUGUCGUUUUCUGUAGUUUCAGCGAGGAUUGAUCCAAAAAAUUUGAAAUGUUUAGUGUGUCGUCAAAUUUUCGAAGAGCUUAAUGUAGUUAUCAAGAGCACCGAUAAAUGGAAAAAAGUUGAUGUGGGUAAUUUCAGAAUGGAUGCUAGCGGUAAUACAAUGCAAGAUAAGGUGCCUGCACAUCGCUCUGCUGUAUACAUUUCUGAAGUCAUAGAUGAAAUCUGUGAGUGCUUAAAUAUUUUUAUAAUGUCUAUUUCUGUUACAUAUUACUCCCCAGUUCACUUGCAGGGUAGGCAGAGAACUGAGUUUCGUUUCUUAAACAUUCACAACUCUUCUAUGUAUGUUAACUAGUUUUUA